CUUCGGACAGAAAUUCCGAAACAGCACAAGUAUCAGCAGAAAAGAUCAGGAAAGGAUGAGAAUAGCGUCACUUGGAUUCUGUUUCUCCGAACGAGAAUUUUGGAUCGAAAUUAUUUAUUUUGUCUCCUGGCAAGUUUGAAGAAAAAUGUCGACAACAGUAGGGAGACCGAGUAAUGAAAUAGCUUCCUGCCAAGUUUGUCACAGCACCGAACGAACCCGCCUGUACUUUGGCAUCACCUCCUGCGCAGCUUGUGCUGCAUUCUUCCGAAGAUCCGAUGGGAUUCGCUACAUGUGCACUGCAACUAACAGCUGCACUAUUUCUCAUGAUAUGAAGUUCUUCUGCAGAGCAUGCAGAUACACCAGUUGUAUUCGAGCCGGGAUGGUCAUGAGCCGUAAUGCUUUAGCUACUGCUAGAAAAGCACCGAACAACAUAAUACCACGGGAGCCCACACCAAGAAGCGUGCCGUCACUUGAGGAAGUAGACGGGUUCAGCAAGAUCCUGAACAUUUCCAACGGGGAUUUGCUCAAGUAUUAUGUGAAAGAAGUGGAGAGCAUAAUGGCUCAGCAGAGAUAUGGGGAGCAAAAGAACGCUCUCCAAGUGAAGUCAGUGAACGAUCUUAUGAUUGUCACCGCCUACCAAGAAGGAACAUCCCUGGAAUCGUGCUUCAACUGCCCUGGAGUAGAUAUACUGUAUAAUGAAGACGUUGAGGUUGUGCACAAGUACUUCAAGUUCUCGAACACCUGGAUUGAUUCACUCCUUGCACCUACUUCCCCACUGGAUCCUAGCUGUAACGAAAGAAUCUCUGAGUUCAUCCAUCUACUCAAGUCAACUCUGGGGAGCACACUUGCCCAGCUUAACCUGAACAUCAUUGAAUACGCAGCCUUCAAGUCAUUUUGCAUCUGGAAGCUUGUGUAUCACAAAACAAGCAUUUCAAUGAAGAUUGUGGCUCAGGAGCAUUAUGAAGGAGUUACAAGUGCUCUUAGGAAGUAUUAUAGGAAGAACAUUAAAAUGAGUGAAUUGGAAAUGGCCACAAGAAUCGGGGAUAUCACACUGCAAAUCAUCACUGUAUCGAAUCUCUACAAUGACAUGGCUCGGAUGUAUCAUCAAACUGGGCUUCAACUAUGAUGCUAUGAUUGAAAAAAACUUCUCAAUCCCCAAUGAAAAGUGAAGCUGUCGAAAGUGAAACCUUAUUCACGUGGUUUUAAUAAUACAAAUAUUUAAUGAAUCCUGAAAUUGUUAUCAUUGCUGAAUUUUUCUUUUAAAUUGUGCAUAACAAGUAGUUAAAACUCUGUAUUAAAAAUCUGUAUAGUUUCAGAAAAUUUUAUUAACCUGAUUUUCAGCUAGCAGACUUUUUUGGAGCAUGCUUCAUGUUUACAGUGAAUUUUGUGAGUACUUGAAAUCAUGUUAAUUAUCUAAUUAACACAAUUGUGAAUUUGAAAAAGUCAACCCAUUUAGUUAGAGCUUAUCUUAAAUCUUUAAAGCACAAUUCUGAACAAGUAAGCUUCCUUGAUAGUUCUGGACCAUUUUUACUAUAAAACUUC